AUGAAGCUGAACAGUCCUGUACCACAAUCACUGCCUAAAGAAUGCGCCAAGGCCGCCAGCAUAUUCAAGUCUUUUGUGGACAGCGGAAAUGAUGGGCUUGAUGGUGUCAUUCCCCGCCGUGUCCUCGAGAACGCCAAAGGAUUUGCUAUCUUCACCAUCUUCAAAGCCGGGUUUCUUUUUAGCGCACGGGCAGGCAGCGGAAUUGUCAUUGCAAGGCUGGAUGACGGAUCAUGGUCGUGUCCCAGUGCCAUAGGCACGGCCGGCGUUGGUUUUGGCGGUCAAGCAGGAGCUGAGAUGACCGAUUUCCUUAUCGUUUUGAAUUCACGAUCGGCUCUUAAAACGUUUAUGGCAGCAGGGUCCUUAACGCUUGGUGGUAACAUGAGUCUUGCUGUUGGACCUCUUGGAAGGAAUGGUGAAGCUGUUGGCUCAUUGAACACCAGCGGAAAGGUUGCGGCUAUGUACAGCUAUUCCAAAACGCGAGGCCUAUUUGGUGGUCUCUCUGUUGAAGGCUCGAUAAUCGUCGAGCGACAAGAUGCCAACGUACAGGCUUAUAAUAAUCCUAAUGUCACCGCCAAGCUUUUACUCAGUGGUGCCAUCUCCCAUCCACCAUGGACAGCUCCGUUGAUUCAGACAUUGGAAGCAUGUACAGGUCUUCCAGGAAACAGACAAUGGAUUGAGGACGGAGGACAAUCAUCUGCUUAUGCCUUCGGUGGAGUGGGCAGUGUGGGAUCACAAACCCCUUCUUAUUUGAAGAAGAAAAAGAGAGCCGACAAGACCAUGUUUCCUCCUGAAUCCUGGGGUCAAGAGACGACAUCUGGGUCCUAUUUUACAGAGUCCGAUCCACCGAGUAACCGAUACAACUCAAGCAGCUUUUCUUCGAUGCCAAAUGAUACUUGGCAAAGCAGCGGCGGCGAUAGAUCCGUGACUACCAGUUUUCCCACCCACUUUGAGUCGGACUUCGUGCCGGAGGACUCAAAGAGGCCGACUCACCGAAUGAGUCAGUCACUACCAUAUGCGCCCAAGACGCCGGCCACAAACGAUUGGUUCGACUCUCUAGAUGAACCGAAGUACUCUACAUCGCCCGGUGGCAUGCACCAUGGCAGGUCCAUGAGCUUAGCCUCACCGGCGAGUUCGAAGCCUUUAUCUAGAACAUCAUAUGACUCGUCGACAUCAGUCUUCAUAUCACCGAAACCUGAGCUGAGCAAACCCUUGUUGGAAGGAGUCGCUCGUGCAAUUGCUCUGUAUAAUUUUAACGCCGUUGAAUCUGGGGAUUUAUCGUUUAACAAAGGUGAUGUAAUUGUAAUUCUGCAAAAGAGUAAUAGUUCAGAUGAUUGGUGGACAGGAAAGAUCGGUGAUCGGAAGGGUAUAUUCCCCGCGAACUUCGUCGAAGUUGUAUAA